CAAUUUGGUUCUAAGUCUCGUCGCGUGUGCAUGAAGGCAGUUCUUUGAGUUCUCGACUUUAUCGCCAUGGUGCUGCUGCGAGUGAUCAAGUAUCUAGUUGGCUGCGUGGUCCGGGUCUGCAACGAGUUGUCCCAGAACAUGAGUUCACUGAACAAAAUGUUCAAGUACCAUUUGCUGGAGGUUAGCUAGAGGUCCCGGGAUGUGGAGCUAAAUACCCUUACUGAUUAGAUAUGAUUUUUUUCGCCUGUCGAACAAGUUCGUUGCUCAAGUCUUUCGUUAUGUGAUCCAAUAAAGCGUAUUUCAUCCAUCC